AUGGAAGACCAAAUCCCUCUUCUGACCCCUUACAAAAUGGGUAAAUUCCAACUUGCCCACAGGGUUGUGUUGGCACCGUUGACAAGGUUUAGAUCUUACAAUGGUACUCCUCAGUCAAAUGCUGUCUUAUAUUACUCUCAGAGGACCACAAAAGGCGGCUUUUUGAUUGCUGAAGCAGCUUCCAUAUCUCCCCCACCCCAAGGAUACAAGAAUGCUCCUGGAAUAUGGUCACGGGAACAUAUAGAUGGCUGGAAACCCAUUGUGGAUGCUGUUCAUGCAAAAGGAGGCAUCAUUUUUUGUCAACUACUCUAUCCUGGGAAAGUUUCUGAUGAAAGUUUUGAUCCAAAUGAUCCUAGCAAAAGCAAAGGUUUUUUCUUUUGGUUUCUACAACCUAGGACACUAAGCAGGAAAGAAAUUAGUCUGGUGGCUGAUGAUUUCAGAGUUGCAGCAAGAAACGCUGUGGAAGCUGGAUUUGACGGAGUUGAAAUCCAUGGGGCUCAUGGUUAUCUGAUCGACCAGAUUUUAGAAGAUCAAGCCAAUGAUGGAACUGACAAGUAUGGGGGUUCAUUGGAGAACCGUUGCAGAUUUGCCCUUGAAGUAGUUGAAAAAGUCUCAAAUGAGAUUGGAGCUGAUAGAGUUGGUAUCCGGCUCUCUCCAUUUGCAAACCAUAUGGAAUCUGCAGGAGACUCACAUGCAGAAGCAUUAGGGGUUCACAUGGCUAAAUCACUAAACAAAUACGGGAUCCUGUAUUGUCACAUGGUCCAGCCUAGAAAAAAAUAUGCAAACAAAUGCACUGACAGUUUGGGACCAAUGCGACGCGCUUUUAAUGGUACAUUCAUUGCGGCUGGGGGGUAUGACAAGGAUGAUGGUAAUGAUGCUGUGGCCGGAGAGCAGGCAGAUCUUGUAGCAUAUGGUCGUUUGUUCUUGGCUAAUCCUGAUUUGCCUAAAAGGUUUGAGCUUGGUGCUCCACUUAACAAGCAUCAAAGAGCCACCUUUUAUACCAAAGAUCCUGUCAAUGGCUACACCGAUUAUCCUUUCCUUGAAACCGUUGUUUGAUUUGUCAAAUGUCACAAAUAAUUGCA